AUGUCGGGACGAUACGAAAGAGUUAAUGCCCAAGACGAGGAAGAUUUCAACAAUAACAAUAACAACAACCGCAUGUCCACAGUCCCCCACUCGCCACCACCCUCGUUUCACUCUCGAGCCCCCUCUCCUCAGCGCCAGGUCGACAACACCCUCGCCGAUGCCUUUGACGAUGACGACGAUAGCGACGAUGACGUUGAUGACCGACAGCGUUUGAUGCGACAAAACUCGACGCCAUCUUUCGAGACGGCCAAUGCGACACAAACUCCUGCUCAACCGGCUGUUCCGGCACCAGCACCGUCUGGCUCAAGAUCAACAAGAGUUGUUGGAGGAGGCUCAGGAUCGGAUGGUGUUUUUGCCAAUUUGUCUGCGCGUCCAGAGCGAGGCAACAGUGAUCCUGAGAAGGAUGAGCUACCACCGUCUUACGAACAAGCUGCGGCUGAUGCUGCUCCCCCAUACUGGGAGACAACAAUCCUCGCUCCUGGCAUGGGUGGACCUGACGAAGUUUACAUCGACGGCAUGCCAGUUGGAUCAUUCUUCUCAUUCGUCUGGAACGGAAUGAUCUCAACAUCCUUCCAACUCGUCGGUUUCCUCCUUACAUAUCUCCUACACUCUACCCACGCUGCCAAGAACGGCUCUCGUGCUGGUCUUGGCAUCACUCUUAUCCAAUACGGCUUUUAUAUGAAGGGUGCCUCCGAAGACGAACCCCCAGCAAUGAGCGGCCCCGAUGGUUACGCAGCCCCACCAGACCCAAACUCGCACAACUUUAAGCAAGGCGACGUGACAGACGAGGAUCUGGGCAGCAUUAGCGGAAGCGAGUGGUUAGGAUACGUCCUCAUGGUCGUCGGCUGGUUUCUUCUUAUCAAGAGUGUCGCCGAGUUCCUACGAGCACGUCGUCACGAGCAGCUUGUCCUGCAGAGCCCUGAUCGUGGCCUGGGCGUCCCGAUCAUUGCCGAGGGCGAGUCCAACGAACGAGUGGUUUAA